GCCAUCUCAGACAUCGUAUGGGAGCUCGGCAACCAAAAAGACAUCAUCUCCACGGAUCCAGAGGACCUGCUUGCCCACGGCUACUCUAGCUGGUCGAGUGUAAACCCCGACGAGCUCCCAGUAGCCGUGGCAUAUCCUCAAAACACCGAGCAGGUUGCCACCAUCGUGCGAGUCUGUCACCGCCACCGCGUCCCAGUCAUCCCUUACUCUGGAGGCACCAGUCUCGAGGGCAACUUCUCUGCCCCUUAUGGCGGCAUCAGCAUCGAUUUUGCCUUCAUGAACAACAUCAUUCAGGUCAACAAGGCCGACAUGGAUGUCGUCGUGCAGCCCAGUGUUGGGUGGCAAGAUCUGAACGCUGAGCUCGCAAAGUUGGGCACCGGUCUUUUCUUCCCAGUCGACCCCGGCCCAACUGCCAAGAUUGGCGGCAUGAUUGGCACCAACUGCUCAGGGACCAAUGCGGUUCGAUACGGCACCAUGAAGGACUGGGUCAUCAAUUUGACCGUUGUCCUUUCCGAUGGCCAGAUCAUCAAGACGCGCAGACGGCCUCGCAAGUCGUCUGCGGGAUACAAUCUCAACAGCCUCUUUGUGGGUUCCGAAGGCACCCUGGGCAUUGUAACUGAGGCAACACUCAAGCUCGCCGUUGUUCCGCAAGAGACAUCUGUGGCCGUUGUCAAUUUUCCCAGCAUUCGCCACGCCGCAUCAGCAGCCGCCAGCGUCAUGCAAGCUGCCAUUCCGGUGCAGUGUCUCGAGAUCAUGGACGAGGUCCAGAUGCGAGUCGUCAACCUCAGCGGCUUCACGGCGCCCCGAGUCUGGGUUGAGAAGCCCACGCUCUUCUUCAAAUUCGCAGGCACCAAAGCCGGAGUCCAAGAGCAAGUCGAGAUGGUGCAGAAGAUUACAGCAGCCAACAAGGGGGGCAACUUUGAAUUCGCCAAAGAUGAGAAGGAGCAAAAGCUGCUUUGGUCUGCCAGAAAGGAGUCUCUGUGGUCGAUGCUGGCGCUGAGAAAGGAGGGCGACGAUGUUUGGAGCACGGACGUGGCCGUGCCUUUUAGUCGACUGGCGGACAUUAUCGAGGUCAGCAAGAAGGAGAUGGACGAACUGGGAUUGUUUGCCAGCAUUCUGGGCCACAUUGGCGACGGCAACUUCCACGAGAGCAUCAUGUACAACAAGCAGGACGAGAGCGAGCGUGCCAAGGUCGAGGCCUGCGUCAAGAACAUGGUUCGUCUGGCCAUUGAGAUGGAGGGCACCUGCACGGGAGAGCACGGCGUUGGAUGGGGGAAGAAGGAGAGCUUGCUGUGGGAGGUUGGCUCCGAGACGGUGGGAGUCAUGGCCGCCAUCAAGAGGUCGCUUGACCCGCGUUGGAUCUUGAAUCCGGGCAAGAUCAUGGACGUGCCGUGGGAGAAGCAGAAGGGCCAUGUCGAUGCAUAA